AUGGCAGAGGGAAAUAAUAAUGAAGAGGUAAUUCACUUGAACAGCUUUCACUGCCACCAGGGACAAGACUGGAUCCACCUCAGAGAUGGACCCAUCACCAUAUCUGAUGACUCUGAUGAAGAAGGAGUUCCAAUGACGGUCACCCCAGCUUCUCAGCGACAUGAGGAGGAGGACCUGGAUGAUGAUGUCAUCCUGACAGAAACAAGUAAACCUCAAACAUCACGACCUAAUCUCAUCAAACCAGCUGCCCAUUGGCAAGAUCUCAAAAGCUGGGGAGAAGAAAGGCCUAAAAAGUCUAGAGCAGCCUUUGAAUCAAAUAAGAACAACUAUUUUGCAGUGUAUAACAGCACAUUGUUUGAUUCUGGGGCACAGGAUGAUUCUGAGGAUGACUACGAUGAAUUUCUGGAUCAUGGGCCUCCUGGAGUUUCUGAAUUAAUUAAUCCAAGCGGCCAAACAGAAAGAGAACCCAAGCCUGGACCAAGUCAUAACCAAGCAACAAAUGAUACUGGCAAUUCCGGAUCAGAGCCAAAAAUCUUCAUCUGGAGAAAAAGUGACCUUCUUAUUCCGGAUAAUGAUCCUUUGGACACUCAGAACCAGUCAUCUGAAGACUCAGAGACAGACCUUUUAUCAAACCUCGGAGACUCAGCUGAUAUGCUAGAUGAUCAGACCAACGAAGACGACUAUUGGUUAGAAAACCCUCCUUUCUUCCCGUCUCUAAACCCACAGCCCCGGGAGAGAGCAAACCUGGCUGUUCCUCGGGAGCGGCAGCCUGAAGCAGAGCUGGGCCCCUUGUUGUAUCAGCACGGCCCCCUAGGGCUGGCUUUCCCGAGGCCGGCUUUUCCGAGACCAGAGCCCCCUUACGACGGCAUUCCCGGCCCCUCCUCUCCUCGGCCCGCCCACCCUCUGGGAGAGCUGGAAGACCAGCAGCUCGCAAUAGACGAGGAGGAGGAGGAGGAAGAGGAGGAUGACGAUGAUGAGGGGCCAGGCCCAGCCUUUCAGGAGCCCAAUUUGGAACAUCUUUGGGGGCAAGAAGCUAAUGAGGUCGACCAAGAAGUCGUUGCACUGCUAGUGAAAGAAACAGAAGCAAGAUUUCCAGAUGUAGCACCUGGCUAUAUUGAGGAAAUAAUUCAUUUGAAGAAUUAUUAUGAUUUGAAUGUACUUUGUAAUUUUCUACUGGAAAACCCAGAUUAUCCAAAGAGAGAAGAUCGAGUCAUUAUCAACCCUAGUAGCAGCCUGCUUGCUAGUCAAGAUGAGAUAAAGUUGCCUAAGGUAGACUUUUUUGACUAUUCGAAAUUGGCUCCUCUUGACCAGCGCUGCUUCAACCAAGCUGCUGACCUCCUGAUGGCCGACUUCAAAAUGCUCAGCAGCCAGGACAUCAAGUGGGCCCUGCAUGAGCUCAAAGGACACUAUGCAAUCACCCGAAAGGCCUUUUCUGAUGCUAUUAAAAAAUGGCAGGAGCUAUCACCAGAAACCAGUGGAAAAAGAAAAAAGAGAAAAGAAAUGAAUCAGUAUUCUUACAUAGAUUUCAAGUUUGAACAAGGUGACAUAAAAAUAGAAAAAAGGAUGUUCUUUUUGGAAAACAAGCGGCGCCAUUGUAGGAUCUAUGAACGGCGGGCCCUCCACCCAGCAGUGCAGCAAGAGCAGGAGUUCUAUGAGCAGAAAGUCAAAGAGAUGGCAGAGCAUGAAGACUUUUUGCUUGCUCUGCAGAUGAAUGAAGAACAGUAUCAGAAGGAUGGUCAGCUGAUUGAGUGCCGCUGCUGCUACGGGGAAUUUCCAUUUGAGGAGCUGACUCAGUGUGCCGAUGCUCACUUGUUCUGCAAAGAAUGUCUCAUCAGAUAUGCCCAGGAGGCGGUCUUUGGAUCUGGAAAGUCAGAGCUUAGCUGCAUGGAAGGCAGCUGCACAUGCUCCUUCCCAACCAGCGAACUGGAGAAGGUGCUUCCCCAGACCAUCCUGUGUAAAUACUACGAGCGCAAGGCCGAGGAGGAAGUCACUGCGGCCUACGCCGACGAGCUUGUCAGGUGCCCCUCCUGCAGCUUUCCCGCCCUGCUGGACAGCGACGUGAAGAGGUUCAGCUGUCCCAAUCCCCGCUGCCGGAAGGAGACCUGCAGGAAGUGUCAGGGGCUCUGGAAGGAGCACAAUGGCCUCACCUGUGAAGAGCUGGCUGAGAAGGAUGACAUCAAGUACCGGACAUCAAUUGAGGAGAAGAUGACCGCUGCCCGCAUCAGGAAAUGCCACAAGUGUGGGACGGGCCUCAUCAAGUCCGAAGGCUGCAACCGCAUGUCCUGCCGCUGCGGGGCCCAGAUGUGCUACCUCUGUCGAGCGCCCAUCAGUGGGUACGACCACUUCUGCCAGCAUCCCCGCUCGCCGGGAGCCCCCUGCCAGGAGUGCUCGAGAUGUUCUCUCUGGACCGAUCCCACUGAAGAUGAUGAGAAGCUGAUUGAGGAAAUCCAGAAGGAAGCCGAAGAGGAACAGAAAAGAAAGAAUGGAGAGAACACCUUCAAGCGCAUCGGGCCCCCGUUGGAGAAGCCUCCAGAGAAAGUCCAGAGGAUGGAAGCCCUGCCGAGGCCCGUCCCGCAGAACCUGCACCAGCCGCAGUUCCCCGCCUACGCCUUCGUGCACCCCGCCUUCCCGCUGCCGCCCGUCCGGCCCGUGUUCAACAACUUCCCCCUCAACAUGGGCCCCAUCCCGGCCCCGUACGUGCCGCCUCUGCCCAACGUGCGCGUCAACUACGAGUUUGCCCCCAUGCACCUGCCCCUGGAGCCCAACCUGCCCAUGCACUUUGGCCCCCAGCCGCGCCAUCGCUUCUGA